AUGUUCACACGGCAGCUCAUGCAGGCGGCACCCAUCGCGGCGCACACCCGCGUCGCCGCUACCCGUGCAUGGCCCUCCACCACCCCCAUCAUCCGCAGGUCCUUGGCCACCAGUCGUCCCAACACGUCGCGGGCUUCGUUCCGUCAGCACCCUCCCCCUCCCCCGCAGAUGCACGACGUCACACCAGACACCACACGCCGCAACGCCAUCAUUGCUGGCAUCCUCCUCAGCGCUGCCCUUGGCGCCUGGUACUAUGAAACCACCACCAUGGGUGCAUACUCCAAGGAGCCCGAGUUUUCUGUCACGGUCGGCCGCGGUGCCAAGACGUGGUCGUUCCCUCGCAAGCCCAUGGCCGAGCUCGAGCAGAUGAUGCACCAGCACGAGAAGACUACCAGCCCUGGACGCAAGGGCAACCCCGUCCUGCGUUGGGACACCAACUAUGUCGCGUCCAACGAGCCGUGUGAGGACCGCAGCGCCGCUGAUGUGGUCCCCCGCGGUCCGGCUCGUAAGAGCUGGUGGAGCUGGGGUGCUGCUCCUGCUGAGAACACCGACGCUGUGGGCUCGCGCGACCUCGUCCUGGUCUCGGUUGUGGACGGACACGCAGGUGACGCCACCUCCAAGCUCCUCGAGCGUACCCUCCACCCCACGCUUGCUCUUGCCCUUGCUGGUCUGCAGGCCGGUAUCGUUCCCGGUGCCAGCUGGUACUCGAACCUCGCCGAUACCCUCACUUGGGCCAAGACGUGGUCCCCCUCCAACGUUGCCAAGACGCUUCAGAAUGCCUAUGUCCAGCUCGACGACAACAUCUGCCAUGAACCCAUCAAGAUGCUCCCCGAGCUUCUCAAGACCGACGACAUUGUCAAGACGGUCGAGACGCGCCACAAGUUUGUCGCCCUUACCGAGCCCGCCUCGCACGGUGCCGUCGCGGCCUCAGCACUGGUCGAUGCCGAGAACAAGGGUCUCUACGUGGCUGUCGCCGGUGACUGCCGUGCUGUUGCUGGCUGGCAGCGUCCGGACGGUUCGUGGCGCUGUGACACGCUCACCGAGGACCAGAUGGGCGACAACCCCAAGGAGGUCGCCCGCAUGCGCUCCGAGCACCCUGUGCACGAGGCAGACACUGUGAUCCGCAACGGUCGCGUGCAGGGUGGCCUUCAACCCACCCGUGCGUUCGGUGAUGCUGUCUACAAGUGGACGACUCUGCAGGGCGAAGCCAUUGCCGCUGUCUUCAAGGACGAGGGCGCCAAGCCCCGCUCUAUCCGUCCGUGGAACUUUACCCCGCCCUACGUCACUGCCAGGCCAGAGGUUACAUACCGCAGCUUGGAGGGUGAGGACAAGUUGCGCUUCGUCGUUCUUGCCACCGAUGGACUGUGGGACCGUAUCACGUCCGAAGAGGCGGCUCUCCUCGUUGCCGGCUACCUCGCACACCCCAAGGCCGAGCCCAUCUCCAAGGAAGGCCUUGCCACAGAGAUCCCUCUCGCCCUCACCGAGCCCCGUCCUUACCCCGUCGAGGCGUUGCCCGGUACAGGCAAGCGUGCCAAGGGCACCUGGGCGUUUGACGGCGACAAGAACGCUGCCACUCACCUGAUCCGUAAUGCGUUUGGCGGCGCCGACCGUAAGGAGUUCCAGGAGCUGCUGAGUCUCCACGGCCCUGCGGCGAGGUACUUCCGCGACGACAUGACUGUGACGGUUGUUCUUUUCGACGACGAGGGCAAGAGCAGCAACUAA